AUGCUCACUCACCUCUCCCGGAAUCUCCGACUCUCUACAACCGGUGCCAGGCCAUCGCAAUACAUUUCAAAACGAUGUUUUACACUCCUCGGCCUUGAAUCUUCGGCAGACGACACUUGCGCGGCGGUGGUCACCUCGGAGGGACACAUACUCUCCAAUGUGGUCGUGAAACAGAACGAAGAACUCGCUGAACAUGGCGGCAUACACCCGUAUGUAGCAAUCCAGAAGCACCAGCAGAAUAUGCCCGGAGCAAUACGAAGAGCACUGGACGAGGCAGGGCUGGACGUGUCAAGUGUAGACGGAAUAGCGUAUACACGGGGGCCAGGCAUAGGUGGUUGCCUAAGCGUGUGCUCGACAGCCGCAAAAGUCCUCGGAGCAACUCUCAAUAAGCCAAUAAUCGGCGUACACCAUAUGCAAGCACACGCGCUGACACCGCUCAUCCCGACCCUGUACCAGACACAGACUACCUUUGCCUCCGCCGCCGAAGUCGAACUCCCACCCAUACCUCCGCGCUUCCCGUUCCUCUCCCUGCUCAUCUCGGGCGGGCACACACUGCUGCUCCUCACGCACUCGCACGACCAAUUCAAGACGCUCGCGACGACGCCCGACAUCAGCAUCGGCUGCGCGUUCGACCACGUCGCCAAGUACCUCGGCCUCGCGCCGACCGAGCGCGGGUACGGCGCGGCGCUUGAGGCGUUCUGCGCGAGCGGCACCGCGCGCUUCACCGACGCGACGCCUGAGAUUGCAGUCCCGAUGCCGCGCCAACUCGCGUUCUCGUACGGCGGGCCGCGGAGCCGCGUCGAGAUCUUCGUGCGCGAGCGCGGCGGCGUGCAGCGCGUGCCGCUGUCGACGCGCCUCAAGCUCGCGCGCGCCUUUCAAGCUGCGGCGGUGCGGCAGCUCGAGGAGAAGACGGCGCUCGCGCUGGAGCACUGUGCGAAGCUCGGCGUGGGCGUCCGAGACGUCGUCGUGAGCGGCGGAGUGGCGAGCAACGCCUACCUGCGCAAAACGCUGCGACAGUCCCUGGCCGACACUUUCCCGGACGACCCGCCCAACCUCGUCUACCCGCCGCCACACCUGUGCACGGACAACGCGGUCAUGAUCGCCUGGGCGGCGAUGCACCGCUUCGCGGCGGGCGACUUUGACAGCUACGACGUCUCCACCCGGCCCAAGUGGCGGAUCGACGACUACACUGGUAAGGCCCUGGCUAGGCUGCAGUGGGUGAGUCCCGACGCCCCGUGUGCCUUGCCCCCUGUUGUCCGAGACGGUCCUGACGAGCUCGUUUACAGCUGA